AGUCUUCCAGAUAUAAAAUGGUUAAAAUGGAGUUGAAAUGAGAAGUAACGCCAAGGAGAAGAGCUAACCUAAGUGGUAAGAUGAAAUGAGACCCUGAUGACUGAUGAGUAAUAUAUGUACAAUGCACAUGAAACGUACAUUGUACACCGUAUUUGCACUGUGCAGCAUGAUUAAGUAGAAUACAAGAUGAAUUCCCUUCUUCACUCUCUUCUAGUGGCAUGUCAGGAGGGGGACAAAGAGAAGGUUAAAGAAAUUCUUAACUCUGGAGAGGUUGGGGUCAAUGCCUCGGACGAGUCUGGGAUCACAGCUGCUCAGGUAGCAGCUGCCAACGAUGAUGUAGAAAUUCUGAAGAUUCUUCGAGAACAUCAUUGUAAUCUAAACCAAGAAAAUUCAGUGGGUUGGACACCACUGCAUCAGGCGUGCUGGCACGGUCACACUGGCACAGUCCAGUUUCUGUUAGACCAAGGAGUCGAUACUAGUAAAAGAAAUAAAUUUGGAUCUGAUGCUUUGACUAUAGCUGCAGGAUCAGGACAUGUAUCCACUGUUCGUCUGCUCCUGGAGUCCGGAGUUAAACCAGAAGAUCCUCUGCCCUCUGAGCACCGAACCUGUCCUAGUCCCGGGAUGAGUGCUGCGUUGCAUGGUAGAGACGGCGUGCUAAGGAUUUUAUUAAACCGCGGCAUGCGCCCGGAUGCUAUGGCGGUUCCGUCAAGAUGGACGCCACUCAUGUUUGCAGCUGCAGGUGGAAGUAAAGCAGCGUGUCAACUUCUGCUUGAGCGGUCAGCUGAUCCUAACAAGCUAAACCUACUCGGAGCAACAGCUCUAGAUAUUGCUUCAGGAGCAGGAAACACUGAUAUCCGUGUAUAUCUUGAGACUAAAACCAUGCAUCAAACCAGGAGAGUUCAGGCCGAAGAUCAGGAUAUGGACCUAAUCCAGGCAGCCAGAGAGGGUGAUCUAGAGAAGGUAGAAGAGCUGCUGUCCAAGGAAGGAACCAAUGUUGAUAUGCAAGAUCAGGAAGGAGCUACACCGUUGAUUUUAGCAGCGGUUGGAGGUUUUCUCAGUAUAACUCAGCUUUUAAUAGGAUUAGGAGCUAACUUGAACCAUCAGGAUAAAGUUAACGGUUGGACCGCUCUCAUGCAGGCGACCUUCUUCUCUCACAUUGAUGUAGUAAAAACCCUCCUGGAGUUUCAGGCGGAUGUGUCUCUGACCGGAUUUAACGGCUGCACUGCCCUUGACCUGGCCACUCUAGUAGAUGAUAAGGAUAGCGCGCUGGUCAGAUUAUUAGCAGCGCAUACAAUAAUGAAGGUUCCACCAAGUCUAGUCCUAACACCUACACGGCGACCCCAGCAGCCAAGGAUUGCUUUCCAAACAAGAUCCUUCAGCGAAGCAACCCUAGAUAUCUUUGAACCUUCAGGGCUUAAAGGCAGAAAGCAGUAGAAGACAAUAUUAUUUUUAUACU